AAAUUGUUUUGGUUUCUAAAUCCGCUAUGUAAAUAAUUUAAAAAACUGUUUAUAUGCUAUUAACUUAAAGCGAAUCAUAAUUUAUGAUAUAUAAUGGCUAGUUCAAGUUCAUCAUCGUUGUCUGCGUUCACUGUAGGUUUAAAAUACCGACUUAUACGUAAAAUAGGAAGUGGUUCAUUUGGUGAUAUUUAUUUGGCAAUUAACAUAAGUAAUGGUGAAGAGGUUGCUGUUAAAUUGGAAUCGAUCAAUGCUCGACACUCGCAACUUUCAGAUGAGAGUAAAUUGUAUGAAAUUCUACAAGGUGGAAUUGGAAUACCUCAUACCAGGUGGUAUGGCGUGGAGAAGGAUUAUAGAAUUUUAGUUAUGGAUUUACUUGGCCCUAGCUUAGAGGAUUUAUUUAAUUUUUGCUCAAGACGAUUCACAAUGAAAACGGUGUUGAUGCUUGCUGAUCAGAUGAUUGCUCGAGUGCAAUAUGUCCACACUAAAAAUUUCAUUCACAGAGAUAUAAAACCGGAUAAUUUUCUUAUGGGUAUAGGUCGUCACUGUAAUAAAUUAUUUUUAAUUGAUUACGGAUUGGCCAAAAAAUACAGAUAUAGAACUGGUUACCACAUUCGAUUUAAAAGAAACAAGAAUUUAAUUGGAACUGCUCGAUAUGCUAGUGUCAAUGCACACUUGGGAAUUGAACAGAGUCGAAGAGAUGAUAUGGAAGCUUUGGGUUAUGUCUUAAUGUACUUCAACAAAGGAAGUUUACCUUGGCAAGGUCUCAAAGCUAUUACAAAAAAACAAAAGUAUGAAAAGAUAAGUGAAAAGAAAAUUUCUACAAGUGUAGAAACACUAUGUAAAGGAUUUCCAGUAGAAUUUACAAUGUAUCUAAAUUAUUGUCGUAAUCUGCGUUUCGAAGAUGAUCCUGACUAUGCCUAUCUAAAACAACUCUUCAGUUCUUUGUUUAGAACCCUAAACCAUCAAUUUGACUUUAUAUAUGAUUGGACUAUGCUUAAACAGAAAUCAGCAGCUUCUGCCCCUGUUCCUAGCACAUCAGAGGCCUUGGCUUCAGGUGGUCGCUAAUGGUGAUUUUUCCCAACGUUUUUGCAAUAAGUAGACCCUUCCAAGUUCAUUGGAUACCUCUAAAACGUUCUUCAUUUGAACAAACUUAACAAAAUGCUACAGCUUAAUAUUUAUAUAAGUAGAUAUAAUCAACAAACAGAAAAUAAGUGAAAAGACUGUAUUUAAAUUGCUUUGUAUAUAUAUGUGUAUAGCAAUUGAAAAUGCAAUGUGUGCUUAUAUGCAUACAAAUAUAUUUGUACAUUGGCAUUUUGAAAGUAUUCUGAAUAAGUUUUUAUAAAAAAAAUCAGUAAUUAAAAAAAAUUAUUUAUUUGAAAUAUUUAUUUUUUUACAAUGUAAUUAAAUAUAUAUAUAUAUUUUGUUAUUGUUGUUUUAGUAAUUUUAAAGUGUAGGUCCUUGCAUCUAAUAUUUAAAUGAUUACUAUUUAUUAUUCUUUGCAUGAAUUUUUUUUCCCCUCCUUUGUGUUUAAACUAAUCUUGGGUAAAAAAAAUAUUAUUUAAAAGCUGAUAAUGUUUUUGAAUUUAUGCAAAUUUGCUUCAAAAUUUCGAAAAAUAGUCAUAGAUUUUUCAUUGUCAUUGUACAGUUAUUUCAUUAUCGUCACAUUCAUUGUUGGUGUUUUCCAUUUUAGUAUUUUUUUUUUUUUUUUUUUUUUUUUUUUGCAUACUGAAGAAAAUUUUGAUGUGUGUAUUUAUAUAUAUACAUAUACUGUUUGACAACAAAUGUAAAAGCCUCCGCGCUUUUGAGCAUGCAUUAGGAAGGGUUUAAUUCGACAAAAUAGUGGUGAGGAAAGAUAACACGAGAAGAUAUUUACAUUUAACAAUGAAGACUCGUGGUUUUAUGAGACGUAAACAUUACAGAUAAUUAGUGAUACAGAAGGAAAAAGGUACUAAUGCACAGUAAAACACAGUAAAAUAUUUCGGAACAAUUUUUAUUUAAUGUAAGGGGCAUAAACAUUAAAUUAUGAAGAAUAAAUGAAAAAUUUCUGUUCUUAAAAUUUGGUAAUUAUUUUUUUUUACAAAAGAAUAACUAUCUUUUUUAUAUUAAAAUUCUUCUUUUUUAUAUGUUAUUGAAUUUUUUUCGGCAAUAUUUUAAUUUCCCAUUUUCUGCUUCUUGGUCAGAAUAUUUAAUGACAUUAUCUAAAAUUUUCUUUGUACCACUCCUGAAAGCUUUUUAACCACUUGAACUAGCCAUAUCAAUCCGAAAUUUUGAGUUAAAAUAAAAUGCAGUCAGAAAUAACACAACACUAUAUACACGUGAAACAAAAUUGAACUUAAAAGUAUAUAAUGGGGAAAUCCAAGGUCAAAGGUGAAUAACGGAAAUGUGCUCAUCGUUCCACAUCUCGCCCCUAAUGAGAUGGAAUCGUCGAAAUGUGGUCGUCUCGGAAUCCGUUGACGAACAGUAUAAUUAACAUUUUUAAUGUAAACACAUUACUAUUUUUAAUUCUUGAUGCAAAUUAUAAAACAAAGAUCUCGCAUUUAAAUCAACAUUUUGAAGUUCAUAAGAUAAAAGCUUCAGUCAGUUUUGUAAAACCAAAACUAUAAAUAUUCUUAAAAUGCAAAAUUUUUGUAGAUUAGCAAUAAAAUGUAUAUGUUAAAUAACUUAAUAAUAUCAUUUGCAUUAUUCAUAUAUCAUUUUCAUUAGUUAUAUAUGCAUUUCUUCAUAUUGUAAACAAUUAUUCAUAUAUCAUUUUUUGUGGAAUUCGGUAGUGGUGCAUGUGCCUGUUAAUGAAAAUUAACGGCCCUUUUUUUAUACAUAUAUUUUAUUAUAGUUUUAUAUUUAGCCUUGUUGUUCUGCAUGUUGUCAUGUGAAUUUAUCAGAGCUUGGAGAUCAUAGUUAUGUGAUGAUUAAAGAAAAAAUAAAUAUAAUUUGCAUACUAAGUAUGUGUUAAAACUGAAUUUUUUUACUAUAAAAAGCUGUUUUAAAUAUAGUUAUAAAUAAAGAAUGUGCUAUACUUUA